GCAGCACACACUGCUGCCCUCCUACACCCCUGUGUGUGAGAUCCAGAGAGACAAGCUGGUCAGUCAUAACAGAAGAAAGACAAACUACUCAUACCAGUCGACUGCAACCAGCAAGACACACACACAGAGGACCCUCAACAAGCCAGCUGUGGACAUCUGGCUCUUUGAUUAUGGAUUGAAAAGGGCUCAUUGAAAGGAGAGAAGUUAUAUGAACCAAAGCUCAGCAUAUUUAAGAAGAAAGUCUGAAGUCUGCCGUGUGAAUAUCAACGUGCAAGCCUGCAGGCGCACUGAGCUCCAAAAAGGAAUGAGAGCUAUCACUCUGAUUGCAGCACACACUGCUGCCCUCCUACACCCCUGUGUGUGAGAUCCAGAGAGACAAGCUGGUCAGUCAUAACAGAAGAAAGACAAACUACUCAUACCAGUCGACUGCAACCAGCAAGACACACACACAGAGGACCCUCAACAAGCCAGCUGUGGACAUCUGGCUCUUUGAUUAUGGAUUGAAAAUACAUACCUGGCUGACAAACAAGAAGGUAACCUGAGACGAGGAAACAGAAGAAAAGAGGAAACUUUUCAACACGUUUAAACAUUUACAUUCACUGGAGGCUGUACAGAGAAAUUGUUUAGAGUAUACUCAGUUAUUGACGUCUUUGAUAAAAGACUCUUUAAAGAGACACUUUUCUGAAGCUGAGAGCACUUUUUACUUCUGACAUCAUGGCGUCCACGGGUCUCCAGCUGCUGGGCUUGGUGUUGGCCAUGCUGGGUUGGGGGUUUGGGGUGUUGGUGUGCGCGGCCCCUCUGUGGCGUGUGUCAGCCUUCGUUGGAGGGGAGCUGGUGAUCGCCCAGGUGCUGUGGGAGGGACUGUGGAUGAACUGCCUUUCUCAAACCACGGGCCAGAUCCAGUGCAAGACCUACGACUCCACUCUGGCCCUGCCCAUGUCUCUGCAGGUGGCUCGCUGCAUCACUGUUCUCUCCCUGCUCCUCUGCCUCCUGGCCCUCCUGCUCGGGGUGGCGGGGGCCAAGUGUACACAUUGCAUGGGUGACGGCAACCAGGCCUCCAAGGCUCGGCUGGCGAGGUUAUCAGGGGUGCUCUUCCUCGUGGCAGGCCUGGCCCACUUGGUACCGAUCUGUUGGACUGCCUACACAGUCAUCAGGGACUUCUAUGACCCAAAUGUUGCAGCGCCUUUAAAGAGAGAGCUUGGGCCGGCGCUGUACCUGGGCUGGGGGGCCUGCGUGCUGCUCCUGGUGGGGGGCGCUCUGCUGCAUGUGGGCUCCUCUCCACCGGUUGGAAAAACUCUGCCUGUGGGAAGAGGAGCAGUGAAGGACAACCCACAUACAGCAGCAGCAGGAGAGGUGAAGCAACAAGAGAAAUCUUUUGUAUGAGAUCAAUUUAUUGGACAUGUGAGGCUCAAACAUCGAGGUCAAAACCUGCUCUUUUAUGUAUUGAAAAGCAGACGGAGUAAAUGUUAUCUGUAAUUAUUUGAUGAACUUCAGAUUUAAAGGGUUUCUAAUGACGUUUAAAUGAUUUAAUAAAGUGGGAGUUGACAUGAGGUGUGGGCGGUAACAGAUGUUUGGAUGUUUACUAAAAUGUGUGACUUACAUUUCUCAAAUUCCACUCUGCCUCUGCUUGUGUGUGUGUGUGUGUGUGUGCGUGUGUGUGUGUGUGGGUGUUCUGUGUACAGAAGGCCACUGUACAUUGUACAUUUGUGUAUGCUGAUGUAAUAGCUCAAAGCAUGAGUGGGCAAUCAGAGUGUUGGUGGUUAUUUACAUUUAACAGAAUGUUUCUGCAUUUGAGGACUUUUAAUUCCCAUUUCAGAAUAUUUCACUAUUCUUAUCAAGACUGUGGUUCAAAUGUAAUUUUGUACAGUAGGCUGCCUUUCUAUUGAUAUCAGUUCAGACAGCUUCUGAGUGUCAAGCAGUGAUAAUACAAGUCUUAAAAUCUUUUGGCCUUUCUCAGUAGAUACAAAGUUUAAGAAGUACUACGAUUAUGUACAUAAUAGUUGCAUGGAAUUUUAGAUGACCGAUAUGUAAAAUAUCUGAAUGAAAUAAAAUGACCUUACUGUAUAAUCAGACAUUAAGGAAACAUGCUAUGUUGAAGUGCUGACUUCUCUGACAACAAUGCAGCAGCUUCUAAGUUUAGAUUCUGGUCCUGAAUGGUCUGUAUUUGUUUUAACUAGAAAAGGUAGGCGGUAUAAGGCAGCUCUCUUCAGUGUUUUGAAUUUGCACUGCAGUACUAAUUUAAAACACUAGGUGUUACAUAUUGCUCCUUUAAUUUUGUCAUUAUGGAUUGUCUUUUGUAUGUAUUUAACCACUUGUAGAAAUAAAUGUGUGUUGACUGAUCCCCACAAUUGUACCUUUUACUUGCUUCAUUAAAUUUAAGGU